UUUGAACGAAACACGAGUUUUAUUUGAUUUGUAAACACAAAGUGUUAUUAAAUAGCGAUUUGUUUGAAUUGAUUGUACGGUUAAUAGCGUUCAUAAGUAGUCAAACCGAAAGCCAUUGUCAACAGCGAUGAGCAGUCCAUCGGAGAAAGCGUUGCAUUUGUUGCGAUACUUACCGCGCGUUUCACUCAAGAAUCUGUCGCCAAAUCCUUACUUCAAGAAAAAGGGUCACAAAGUGGGACAAUACCGGCCGCGAGAGAAGAUCAACAAAAGCAAUCGCGAGAGACAGCGGUUCUGGCCGGUCGGCUAUGAAGGAGGAUAUAUACCAUUUUAUCUGAAGAUUCCCGUCGAGAACUACUAUCAAAACCAUAAAUAUCGGCGCCAAUACCCGCCCCUCACUUUGUUUCAAUUGCAACUAAUGAUUGACACCAAAGCGGUUAAUCCGGAAGAGCCCAUCGACUUGACCACCAUUUGCAACACAAACUACUACCGAAUUGAUCCCAAAUUCAAUCACUUUGGCGUCAAUUUGAUUGAUGAGGGAAUCAAUGAAUUCAAGGCUAAAGUCAAUAUUGAAGUUCAAUACGCGAAGGAACCGGUGAUCGCCGCCAUCGAGAGGAACGGCGGUGUCAUUACCACCGCAUACUAUGACAUCAAUAGCGUCUUCGCUCUUCACAGACCAAUGGAUUUCUUUCAAAAAGGGGAACCGAUACCCAAACGAAUGCUACCCCCGGAAGACGCCAUUGAAUACUAUACGGAUCCCAAAAACAGGGGUUAUUUGGCGGACCCGCAGAAAGUGGAGGAAGAGAGACAGAUAUUGGCCCAGAAGUAUGGCUACCAAUUGGCCGAUCACUCGCGUAAUCCCAUUAUGAAUAUCCGUAAAGAUCCGCGACAAGUGUUCUUCGGCUUAGAGCCGGGUUGGGUCGUCAACCUUAAGGACAAACAGAUUCUCGCGCCCACAGAUCCAGACCUCAUCCAAUACUAUAGAGACUAAUUUGAUUUAUACUGUAUUUUCAUUAAUGUUAACAAUUUAUUAUAAGUAAAACAUUUUAGUUGUAUUGAGUAAAUUAAAAAUGAUAUAAAAUAAGA